CAAAAUAAAGUGGGUCAUUUUAUCAAAUAGCCCUUCACCCCCGUGCUCGUCGCCGGCUCCUCUUCGCCGAUGGAUCUCCUCUCUGCCGCCUACGGCGCCGCCUCAGAGGACGAAGCCGACGGCAACCCGGCUCCCAGCUGGGUCGACACAGGCCCCCCCUCCGUUGCCCCGCCACCCCCAAAGCGGCCUCGGUGGGGGCCUACCCCGUACCCGCCACCUCCUCCUCUCCCCACCCUGCAGCCCCAACCAGCGCCGCCGCUGGCCGCCCCCGUCAGCGGAAGGUACGUCUCCAAGAGGGAACGCGCCCUCCUGGCCGCGUCGCAGGCCCCCACGGUCUCCGAGACACCGCUUCCGCCGCCGAUGGCUCCCGUUCUGGGAUCUCUCACUGAUUCAAAUAUUCGACCUGACAUUUUGCGAUCUUUACGAUGCCAACCGAAGUCUGGAUCAACCAACAGUUUACCUUCGAAGCUCUCAGUGUCUUUGACCAGUCACACUAAAGCUGUCAAUUGUGUGGAUUGGUCACCGAGUCAUGGACAUCUUCUUGCUUCGGCUGGAAUGGACCAUACAGUCCACAUAUGGAACGUAUGGAACAAUGGGAAUACUUCUGCUCGAGUAUUAAAACAUCAUGCUGCUGCUGUAAAGGAUGUGAGGUGGUCCUACCAUCAGCCCGUGUUACUCUCUGGAGGGUUUGAUUGUUCCUCACGACUAGUUGAUGCCGAAGUGGGAAAAGAAAUCAGGGAAUUCAAGGAGGAUCAACCUGUGGAGGUCAUCAAGUUUAAUCCAAGCAACUCCAAUCUCUUCCUUUCUGGUGGGUCCAAGGGUUCUCUUAGACUCUGGGAUAUUCGAACUGGCUUGGCAACUAAAGAGUUCAACAGAAGUCUCGGCACCAUCCUUGACAUUGAGUUCAGCGCUGAUGGGAAACAGUUUAUCUCUUCAACUGACACAACCAGAAGCAAUGUUAGUGAGAACACUAUAAUUGUAUGGGAUAUUCUACGACAAGUUCCUUUAUCUAACCAGAUUUAUACAGAAGCAUUCACCUGUCCUUGUGUGAGAUAUCACCCCUACGAAGCUUCUUUUGUUGCUCAAUCCAAUGGUAACUACAUCGCGAUUUUCUCAGCUAGGCCACCAUUCAAGUUAAACAGGUAUACGCGGUUCGAAGGACAUGGGGUAUGGGGUUUCCCAAUAAAGUGCAGUUUCUCUCUAAGUGGGAGGGAACUUGCAUCUGGUUCAUCUGAUGGUUCUAUCUAUUUUUAUGAUUAUAAAUCAUCAAAGCUUCUAAGGAAAAUUGAAGCCUUCAAAGAAGCGUGUACCUAUGUUGCGUACCACCCUGUAAUACCUAAUGUGAUUGCUUCAUGUGGCUGGACUGGUGAGAUAUCCGUUUUUGAAUGAAAAAACAAUGAUUCUUACA